AAACUGAUUAAAUAAUGAAGAAUUUCAGGGUGGUAGAACUGCAUUAUUGGUUGCGCGCGCAAGUUAUACGCUCGACGAUGGCGUGUUUUUGCUAUGUGAAAUCCAUAUAAAAUAUACAAAAAUGAGUGUUUAAAGUGGCUUAAUUAGUUCAAAUGGUGUUUAUUUAUAGUGUUAAAUGUCCUUUAGUUCAAUAAAAGUGAUCGAGUGCGAUGGAAUUAAAAUUGCAUUCUCCCGCGGGUGCAGAACCAAUGUUAUACACUUGGCCGUUAACCUCAGGCCGAGGAAACGAUAAGCAUGAUGGAGCGAUUGAAAUAGUGGAAACUAUAAGAUGGGUUUGUGAAGACCUUCCCGAAUUAAAACUGCCGUUGGAGAACAACAUACUCUGCGACUAUGACACAAGAAGCUUUGACAGUAUGAAGUCAUUAUGUGAUAGAUUCAACAGAGCUAUAGAUGGUGUAGUCGCGCUGGAGAAAGGAACCUCACUGCCUGAGCAAAGACUUAAUAAAUAUCCAUCAAGAGGUCUCUUGCGCCAUAUUUUACAACAAACCUACAACGCUGCCGUAACUGAUCCAGAUAAACUGAAUCAGUAUGAACCGUUUUCUCCCGAAGUAUAUGGUGAAACUUCCUACGAGCUGGUUUGUCAGAUGAUCGACCAAAUCGAAAUAACCAAGGAUGAUGUUUUCAUUGACCUUGGUUCGGGGGUGGGCCAGGUUGUCCUCCAAAUGGCCGCGGCAACACCGUGCAAAAUUUGCCUUGGCAUCGAACGCGCUGACGUGCCAAGCCGUUACGCCGACAGUAUGAACAAGAAUUUCCGCACAUGGAUGAAAUGGUAUGGCAAAAAGUACGGCGAGUAUAAGCUGAUGCGCGGAGAUUUUCUCACGGAAGAACACAGAGAACGCAUCAACCAGGCGACCAUUGUUUUCGUCAAUAAUUUCGCUUUCGGACCUUCAGUCGACCACCAAUUGAAGGAGAGGUUCGCCGAUUUGAAAGACGGCGCUAGGAUCGUUUCGUCGAAAAGUUUUUGCCCUCUAAAUUUUCGCAUAACCGACAGAAAUUUGAGCGAUAUCGGCACUAUCAUGCACGUGAGCGAAAUGUCACCUCUACUGGGCUCUGUAUCUUGGACAGGGAAACCAGUUUCGUAUUAUUUGCAUAUUAUCGACAGGACGAAGCUUGAGCGGUACUUCCAAAGAUUGAAGAAACCAACCAAGGAUGAUGAUGCGAGCAGAAGUUCCCGCGACCGAGGCAAGAAGCAAAUAAUAGACGACUCGUCGUCAGUAUCCGACUAUGACGACCAAGAAGACAGCACCUACGGUCCGACCACGAGGAAAGCUUGGUCGGAUUACUGCUCCAACAAAGGCAAAAGCAGUCAGUCCGACGACGACGCGCCGAAGUCGAAACGGCAGCCGAAGAAGCUGCGCAGAAGGAGCAACAAAACCGCCGCGCAAGCGCAGCAAGAGAAGCAGCAGGCGCAGAAGGCGGCUCCGAAAGCGCGUCGAGGCAGAGUCAAGAAGGCGAAGCCCAAGAAGCAGAUCAAAAUCAACGGUUUGGAUUUGUUGCACAGUCAGACUUUGCUGAGCACCUCGCCGCAAGCAGCUGGUAAAAAGUUACCGCCCGCUCCGGGUACAGUGGAUCAACAAUUGACCGCGCUCAGUUCCGAGGUAAUAACGCAUAACGAGUUGGAUAUUCCCGAAGCGCCAUCCGAGACCCCGUAUGGAUUGCAAGUGUUGCUUGACAUGUUCAGAGUGCAAUAUAUGCAGAUGAUAAACCAGAUGAAGCAUCCGCAUUACAAGCAUACGAUCGAAAGUCAGAUUGAAGAGGAGAAAGAUAGGAAUAAGAAGUUGAAAAAUCGAGCGGCUCAGUUGGAGAAACAGAUUAAGGUUUUGAUUGACGACAGUGUGGCCUUGUUGAAGGCUAGAAUGAGCGAGCUGGGCAUUAAUGCCACUUCCCCUGUAGACUUGUUGGCUAAAGCUAAGGAAAUCGUUUGUCGUCAUAAAGAGUUGCAGGCGAAGGCCAGUAAGUUGCAGGGACAGGUGGCGAAUUUGGAGUCGGAAAAGGAAUCGCUGGCAAUGCAAAGGCAACAAGAAAUAUUAGAUAAAUAUGUCAGUCCUGAGGCGGUGCACGAGUUAUCACCAAGCGUCGCGCAAGAGUACAUUCUAAGAGAAAUAUCGCAGACUUUGGCUCACAGGAAAAAAUUGCAAAGUCAGGUGUCCAAGUUGGAGGGCGAGGUGGUUGGUUUGGAAAAAAGUGGGGAAGAGAGAAAGCAGGCGGCGGUGUUGGCGGCUAGACAUCAACAAGCGCCCGCCAAAGUAUCCAGGAAGUCCAGAGAACACCGCGCUCGUUCGCAGGAUUGGCCGGACGUGCCGGACAUAGCGAAAAUUGAAGAACAAAAUCCAGAAAUCCUAGCCCAAAAAAUACUGGAAACUGGAAGAAAAAUAGAAGCAAGCAAGCAAUCUGCCGCAAUAUCAAACAAAAUACCACACAUAUCUACAAACAACAAAUCAACAAGCCAGCAGAAUGUUAAAAGCCUAAUUAGGAAUAACAUGCCGGCCCCUAUGCCUAUUUCGAAAAGACAGAAAACAAACCAUUACCCGCAAGCCAAUAACCCAACACCGAGACCGGCCUCGCAAGAAGCGCCGAGAAUCGCAAACUUCGAGGACCGCCUCAAAAGCAUAAUCACGUCAGUGUUAAACGAAGACCAGCAAACAAGGAGUAAGCCUCAGCCUCAACCCCCUCCCGUACCUCAAUCCCCACAGCAAUACCCUACAAAUCCUCCCGGCCAAUAUUAUCCCACCAACUAUAUUCCCAAGCAAGAGGAGAAAAUAAAAAGCCACAAGUACAGCGGCAGCAGUAAAGCGCCGGAUCAAGCGAAAUUUCCGCCGAGAUGCGAGACGGUCGUCAAGCAAAACACGGAAGACAGCAGGUAUUUGCAUCAAGAAGGCCUGGCCGGGAUGAUGGAAAACUACAGGGAAGACGUGCCGAAAGUCUCCCCUCAGAUACCGCGCCCGUUUUCAUCGGAGCAGCCCGACUACACGCAAGUGUCUCCCGCCAAGUUGGCCUUGAGAAGACAUCUGUCGCAAGAAAAACUAGCCUCCCAACAUCUUCCGUAUAACCCAAACGACAAUAUGGUCGCGACCAGGACUAUAGGCGACCUCAUGUCUGGGGAAAUCGAAAGGACACUUGAAAUAUCCAAUCAAUCGAUAAUCAACGCCGCCGUCGAUAUGAGCGACAUACAAGGCACUGCCACACUAUCGUCCAGAUCCGUUGUCAACGCGAAUCUUCCGCCUCGACCGGAAAGGGUGAACGUGAAAGUACCGAACGAGCACGCGCCGGCCAGCGCCGAAAACGGCAAAACUGAACCCGCUGCUAGGCAAGUAUACAGCCCGAUAUCGCGACCCUCGUCCACCGAAAAUCUCGAAGGUCUAGCCUACAUGCAUUCGCACGGCAAAGUGAAUAACCAUAGCGCUCACUAUGUACCUCAAUCUCAACCCUCGCCGCGUCAGCAGUACUCGCCGAGAACCACCAUACUCUACCCGCAAUCGAGAGCCGCAUCGGUCAACUCCAACUACGAUCAGUACACGCCUCUUCCGCGAGCCGACAUCAAACCCUACCACGAAUCCUACUUCAGCGACGUCAAACCUCCGGUAAUCGAGGCCGAAUCGCGCAACAACUUCGUGGCCGAAGGCCUGGCGGCCAGUCUGCAGGCGCGCGUCCUCGGCCCGCAAAUCAAAGAGGAAGCCGACGCUUACGAUCGCACCAGGCCCGGCUACGCGUACCAAGACCAGAACUCCAUCAAGACCGAGCUCGGCAACGAUUGCCACUACAAAAGGGACUCGCCGCUGAUACAAGCCGCGUCGAGGAAUCCGGCGAAAAGGGGCUCCUAUAUUGUGGACGGCAGGCCGGCUUAUGUCGGCGAUGUGCCGUCCGAUCCUCAUUCCAACACUUCGACACCUUUGGUCGACGAGAUACAGGAACAAGGCCGGCACAGAAAGUGCAACGAAGAAGAUGCCGAGUCGGUGGAAGUCGAGGAAGGUGAGGAGUCAAAAUGGCAGGAUAGAAUCAGUUCGGGAUUUGAUAGACUUGUUGCUUUUGCUUCUACAGAGCUGGACAAAAGGCGACGCUCGACGGAAGGCAACGACAGCUGCAACACGUCGCCGGACUCGGGCAUCGGUCACGGCGAGCCGACCGCAGCGGGCGCCCCGAACGCGGCGGCGUCCGCCGGGCCGCCGCUGUCGCCCGCGAAGCCGGCCAUCAAGCUGAACCCGAACGCCAAGCCGACGCUGUUCAAGAUGCCGAUGGCGCACUCGCCGCCGCCCGCAGGCGACGGUUGCGUCGAAGAGGCGGGCGGGCCGCCGCGCACGCCGUCGCCCACGUCGCCGGCGCUGGGCUACGGGGAGAAGAGCCCGCAGCGGCUGAACCCGGCGCUGCUCAAGUACCAGCGCUACUCGGAGGACAAGAAGAAGCCGCCGGCCGACGCGCAGCACUUCAAGAAGAAGUUCUAUUACCGCGAGCAGUGGAGGGACGAGGCGGACGCUGCGAAAGACAAGUUCCGGCCGAAAGGUAAAGAUUGGGAUUGGAAUAAGGAUCAAGCUGGCGGCAUUCAUUCCCAGCUGAUAUCGUCCGAGGACUGGGGCAGGUCGCAUGAUCCUUAUUCCUGGAAAAACUGACUGAAAUAAUCGACACCAUUUGAAUGGAAUUUCACAAAGCAAUCAUUUCGUCUUAAAUUAAUUUUUUUAAAGUUGUACUUUUCACGGCAGUCGUAGGAUUCGAUACAACGAUGUUAUAUUCUAAAUAGUUAAAUUAAUCAAUCAUUACUUGCCAAGGUAUAUUUUACAAUAGUUUGGUGAGUAAUUUUAUAGGGCAAUAACUUGCCACCAAAUUGUAUGUAAUUGAUAAUUAAAUAAUUGUAGUGGCUCUCUGAAAAAUGAAAAAUACAACUUUAAAGAGUGAAAUGUACAUAAAAACUUGACUGCAGAUAUAUGUGUUCAAAUAAUUGUACAUGUUUUAAUUUAAUUGGCAUAAUUAACUUAUUUAAUUAAAUCGUAUAGAGGGUAUAAACAAUUGUAUUCAAUAUAAACACUGCCUAACUGUCAUCUCAUGCUUGUAUGUUAAAUAUUAGGCAUUUAAUUUAUUAAUUGAUUGUAUAGUAAAUAUGUAUAUUUUUAUUUAUAAACCAACAAUUUUAAAAUGUAAAUAAAUUUUAAUAAUUGAAAUUCAAGUACAAGUUAGUGUAUAUUUAGUAUAUGACCUAAGAAAUGUUAGGUAAAUUAAUUAAUUAAAUCCCUACCGUAUUUUACCAAAUUCAUCAUUGGUAUCAAUUAUUGUUUCAUUGUAAUUUCUCAUUGAAUUCAUUGUAAGUGCAACAUUUAUACUGCCCAAAUUAAAUAAACGUAGUCAUUAUCACAUUUCAGAAUUUUUAAUUAUUUUCUUGUCUUUAAAUACAAAAUUAAUUCUCCCAAGAAUGGAUGCACGUUUACAACUGUUUAUUUGGUGAUAUUUUUGUGCUUAUAAUUUAUAUUCUUUUUUGUUAUAACAUUUUAAUUUGAUUACCCAGUUUUUUUUGAAUAAUUGUUGUCAUUAUUAUUAUUAUUAUUAUAGUCUAUUUUUUUAGCUAGCUACUAUGUUAAGAUUUUUACAGUUUUGUUUGUAAAAUUUUAUUAUUUUCACCUCUUUAAUUUUUCAGUUUUGUUAUGUUUUUAUACACAUCUUAUGUCAUAUUCUCAAUUAUUUUCUCCAAUUAAUUGCAUUAAUUUAUUGUUUAUUUAUGGAAUCGAAUUGAAUUAAAUUUAUUGAACCAAAGUUAGGACAAGAAUUUGACUGAUUUUUAAUUUGUUGCUUUGUAAAUCAACCUGAUUGCUAAUUACGAUCAAAAUUAUUAUUUUUAACUUAGAUAGAUACCUCAGGAUUCUAAAUGAAUGUGAAUAAGACUAGGAAUAGAGUGUAUGUUAUAAAUUGUAAAUGAUAAGUUGGUAAUUAUGGUAUCACUUACUGCCAAUUAU